AUGAGGCUCUACGCCAACGUCAUGCCCGCGUUCCGCCGACCGAUCCGAACUCCUUUCAUCGCUACGUGUCUCGUACUCCUAUCCGUUCUGACUUUCUGGAAACUGAGCUCCAAUGUUCCCAAUGAACCUUAUGGCGGAAUCGCUCUUAACGAAGGCCAGUUUGACAAGGCCCUAGUCAUCGCUUCCAUGAAGCAUGAGAAUACGUCUUGGUUCUACGAUGAGCUUCCAGAGUGGCGCAAAUAUGUCUAUGUGGUGAACGAUCCAACCGCCGAGCUCACGGUGCCGUUGAACAAGGGUCGUGAAUCGAUGGUGUAUCUUUCCUUCAUCAUCGACAACUACCACAAAUUGCCAGGAAACAUUCUCUUUCUCCACGCGGAGAGAUAUCAAUGGCACAACGACGAUCCCGACUAUGACGGUCUGUCGAUCCUGCGGAAGUUUCGCUUUUCCUACCUACAGGAAAAAGGGUAUCUCAACCUGCGCUGUGUAUGGGUUCUGGGUUGCCCAAACGAGAUUCGCCCGUUCGAAGAUGCAAAAGACCCGGCCCGGCCUGCGCCUCACGCAGGGCAAUUCUACAAGCAAGCUUUCGAAGAGCUGUUCCCGGGUCGCGACGUUCCAAGGGCAAUUGUAAGAUACCCCACCCUGGUCAUGGAGUUCCCAGUGUACUAA